ACUUAAUGGUAUUUUGGUUAUUUUAUUGAAAUGCAGGGGUUUCAAUUAGCUAGAGUACCCUUUUAUUCUCUCUCAUUGACAUUAGUUACCCCGUUUUCGCGCUGGUGGAAAGCAGCUCUCCCUCUUCUCUCUGGUUUCUGAGACUUUCUCCCUCGAAAGCCAGACAUGGGGCUGACUUUCACAAAGCUUUUUAGCCGGCUUUUUGCCAAGAAAGAGAUGCGUAUUCUGAUGGUUGGUCUUGAUGCUGCUGGUAAGACCACCAUCUUAUAUAAGCUCAAGCUGGGGGAGAUUGUUACCACAAUUCCAACUAUCGGAUUUAAUGUGGAGACUGUGGAAUAUAAGAACAUAAGCUUCACCGUAUGGGAUGUUGGUGGUCAGGACAAGAUCCGUCCAUUGUGGAGGCACUACUUCCAAAAUACUCAGGGUCUUAUAUUCGUGGUUGAUAGUAAUGACAGGGACCGUGUUGUUGAGGCUAGAGAUGAGUUGCAUAGAAUGUUGAAUGAGGAUGAACUGCGUGAUGCUGUGUUGCUUGUAUUCGCAAACAAGCAAGAUCUUCCAAAUGCAAUGAAUGCAGCAGAGAUUACUGAUAAGCUUGGACUUCAUUCUCUCCGCCAGCGCCAUUGGUACAUUCAGAGCACGUGCGCGACUUCUGGGGAGGGCCUGUAUGAAGGGUUGGAUUGGCUAUCCAACAACAUCGCUAACAAGGCCUGAGAUGUUGAGGGUGCGGUUCCUUUGGGAUUUUCUGGAUGCAGGGGUGAAUGUUAUCUAAGCUUUUUUCCUGAGGUAAGGUGGCUGUGAUGAAAUUAGAGGACCUCUUCAUUUUCCUUUUUUUCUUUUUCUUUUUCUUUUUCUUUUAACUGCCCGUGGCAUAUUGUAAUAGAAGACUCACUGCUUACUACAUUAGCAUCUUUACGUUCCAUAUGGUGUUUGAUAUUUGUUUAACUAAACCUUUACUCUGCAAAUGAAACUGGUAUUUCUCUUUA